AUGGCUGGUGACUACAUCAGCCCCCUCCCCUUUGAGCCUGGCUCUCUCCAGACCCAGCACACCUACGGCGAUCAGUCCUUGGCUCCUCCAAGGCCAGAUAAUGGCAAAAAAAACCCCUCAACCCACCCAGGGGAACCGCCGCGCCCCAAUAUUUAUAAACUCCUCGCCAACAAGGAUCAUACUUGGUCGGGCAUCGUCCGCGACUAUGAUGACUGUCAAGAGCUUACUAGGCAGUACAUGUCGCUAAACGACAAAACGGGCGAUACAGACGUUGCAGGGUCAAAUGACUUUCCGGAAGACAAGAAAGCCCAGAAAGAACUUGCCCGGCAGCUCUUCGAGGCUAUUUUGGAAGUGGACCCCGCCGCCUCCGAGCACAUACACUAUAAGCCGAUACGGGAACUCAGCAACCUGGAGGUGGAGUUGCUUUCAUGGGAGCUUCUGUUCGCCACCCGCAGAGCGCAGGACGGCAUUGUGGGAUGGGCCAAGUGUUCGCUCAAGCCAGGUCAGAGGUACCAGAAGUGCAAGAACUUCCAGGAGCGCUUUGCGUUCGUCAAGGAAGGAUGCCGGCAUGCUGCUGGCUCCUUUUAUAACCCGGAUAACAGCAGCUCCGACCUACGAGUGCAGACGGAAGCCAGGAAAGGGCCAUCAGUUUCUCGAGAUUCUCCUAAUGCACCUAACCCCACCGAAGAGUCACUGGCAAACCUGGGACGACCACUCACCCCAUCGGCUCACCAAAUGCCUACCACGGGCGCCGCUGAUGUUGGAUGCCCGGUUGCUCAACCCAAUCCCGCUGCUUUGGUCUACCCACCAACGGCUUUUUCGCGGCCGCCACUUGCCUGCGGACCGCCAGGGCCUUCCAUGUCGCAGGUUUUCGAGGAGGUAUUGAGCGAUUCCGAGGGCGUCGAAUCCUGGGAUCAGUGGGUGAACUUUGAGGUGGAUGCUUGA